AGAACAGAACACGUAAGAACCAAGAAGAAACAACUGGAGAUGGUGUCCACAUCUCUGCGACCCAUCAAUGGACCUCUAAUUUUCUCCUCUUUUCGCCCUCUUCAUCGCUCUGCAUCUCUCCACAAGUGGGGAUUGAGAAGAGACCAAGAUGCAAGCCUGACAUCCAGUAGAACCAGGAGCCAAGAGUUUCUUGUUUUGGCCAAUCCAAAUGUUUCUAAGUGGGGCAAAAGUUUCAUCAAGGAGAUAAUCAUGGUUGAUCCUUUGGAAGCCAAGCAGUUGGCUGCCAAACAAAUGGAGCAAAUUAAAGUGAAGGAGAAAUUCAAGAGACGACGUCAAAUUGAGGCAAUCAACGGAGCAUGGGCAAUGAUUGGUCUCACAGCAGGCCUAGUAAUCGAAGGUCACACUGGGAAAAAUUUUCUAGCUCAGCUUGCUGGUUAUUUGUCUGCCAUCGUCAGUUUUUUUGUGCAUUAGACAAUAGUCCAGACGGUAUUGAAAUUCAAGCAAUUGCAGAUUCAUUCAUGAA